GUUCCUCUGUGCUCCUCAGCUUGCCCCUGUGCCAACCUCUAGCCUUCAACUGCCUCCCUCGAGUUGCCGGGUCUUUCUCCCCAUUCCGCGCUGAAGCUAUCUGGGCACAGCACGCGUGGGGCGUGCCCGGCUCCCGGAGCAAGUUUGGCUGUGCUAAGGACCAGGAAGGCAUCCCAUCAACCCCAGCCUCCCCCGUCCCUGGGCCGGUCCCGCAGCUGAUCUCUGCCCAGAGCCAGCGCGCGGCCAAAGCAGCUCCCAGGCAGCAGCAGCCCACGGCUCGAGGGGAGUCGUGACUCGCGCACGCCGCCCUUCCCCCGCCCCAGGGUACCCGGGCUGAGGGCUCCAGCUGGAUAAAAGCAGAGCCACGGUGACCCCCCGUUUGGCCGAGAGACGCGCGGGGUUGAAGAGGGAGCGGAUCGGCACCAUGGAGAGCGCCUAGCGUCCCUGCCCCAUUCCCUCUCCCACUUCCCGCGGCCAGCCCUGUCUCCCCGGCCCGCAGCCCCGCUGCUUCCAGCCUCCCUCUCUCUCGGAGCCCCCGGGGAGCGCCAGGGCGCCGCUGCCUCUCUAGGCGCCGGCGCGCGCUGCCUGGCGCUUGCACACGGGGAUACUCGCACACGGGGACACUCCCGCGCUGGGACUCUCCCUCCCACAUAGCUCGUUGCAGCUCGCCGGCUCCUAGGCACUGUUGGCAGCUCCGCAGAUGGCAACGCCAGGCUCCGGCUUUUGGUCCUUCGGCUCCGAGGAGGGAUCGGGGGAUGCGGAGAACCCCGGCACAGCAAAAGCGUGGUGUCAGGCUGCCCAGAAGUUUACGGGAGGAAUUGGAACCAAACUCUGCGCUUUGCUGUAUGGGGAUGGAGAAAAGCCCAUGGAAACCGGGGCGAAGGAGGACCUGGGCUCCGCGGAGAAGACACCGGCCUGUACCUGCAACAACAAGCCCUGUAGCUGCCAGAAAGCGGAUAUUAAUUAUGCAUUUUUACACUCAACAGAUCUUCUGCCAGCGUGCAAUGGGGAAAUAACAACUCUGUCUUUCCUACAAGAUGUUAUGGAUAUUUUGCUUCAGUAUGUGGUGAAAAGUUUUGAUAGAUCAACAAAGGUUAUUGAUUUCCAUUACCCAAAUGAGCUUCUUCAGGAAUAUAAUUGGGAACUGGCAGAUCAACCACAGACCUUGGAAGAAAUUUUGUUGAACUGCAGAACAACUCUAAAAUAUGCAAUCAAAACAGGGCAUCCUAGAUAUUUCAAUCAGCUUUCAACUGGACUGGACAUGGUUGGAUUAGCUGCAGACUGGCUGACAUCAACAGCAAAUACUAAUAUGUUCACCUAUGAAAUUGCUCCAGUGUUUGUACUUUUGGAAUAUGUCACGCUAAGGAAAAUGAGAGAAAUGAUUGGCUGGCCAGGGGGCUGUGGCGAUGGGAUAUUUUCACCUGGUGGUGCCAUAUCUAACAUGUAUGCUAUGUUGAUUGCACGUUUCAAGAUGUUCCCAGAAGUCAAAGAGAAAGGAAUGGCAGCUAUUCCCAGGCUGGUUGCCUUCACCUCAGAGCAUAGUCACUUUUCUGUGAAGAAGGGAGCUGCAGCCUUGGGGAUUGGCACAGAUAGUGUGAUUCUGAUUAGAUGUGACGAAAGAGGGAAAAUUAUCCCAUCAGACCUUGAAAGAAGAAUUAUUGAAGCCAAACAAAAAGGAUUUGUUCCUUUCCUAGUUAGUGCCACUGCAGGAACUACAGUGUAUGGUGCGUUUGAUCCACUCCUAGCUAUUGCGGACAUCUGCAAGAAAUACAAAAUCUGGAUGCAUGUGGAUGCAGCAUGGGGUGGAGGGCUGCUGAUGUCUAGAAAACAUAAAUGGAAAUUAAAUGGUGUUGAAAGGGCCAAUUCUGUGACUUGGAACCCCCACAAGAUGAUGGGCGUCCCAUUGCAGUGUUCUGCCCUUCUCGUUAGAGAAGAGCUAAUGUAUGUUAAUGGGAUGAAGAUUACAAAUGAAACUGAGAAACAAACCUCUAGGCACUUGUUCAGUCUACAAACACAGAAAGGAUUUAAAGCAGCUGUCCAGGAGAAAUGA